UGCCAAAUGGGCCGAAAGACCAGAAUUACUCCUCAUUCCAGAGUUACACUAGUCCCAUGACAUCUUCGAUGGCCGCGGCUGCAGCUGCUUCUGACCCGUAUAUGUCGUCUUACUAUAUGACCUCAACUCCUUACCAGGCAUUCGGCGUUGGAGACGGCACUUGGAGUAAUGGGGGUGACCACAUGCAGACUUUCCUCGGAGGUUAUGGCGGACAGAUGGGAUAUGACUCACACAGUGCCAUUGAUGGCAUGUUCAGUAGUGGCAGUUUUGGUGGCUUCAACCCUCCCGGCUUUAACUAUGGUUUUCAUGGGAAUGGUGACUACAAUGCAUGGGGAGGGUCAGAGGUUCGUGGAGGGAACAAGCAGUACGACGACUACUACCAGCGAGAUAAUGUCUACACAGAUGAACGUGUAAAAGCUUUGGAUCAAGGUGUAGAGGGACUAACUCUUGCUGACCCCAAAACAGGUCAGGAUUUGCCUAGGGAAGGUGGACCUGGAGCUAAUAAAAAUGCAGCCACUAAUGGGAGUGGGGGAGUUGAAGUUAAGGCUAGUGGGGCCAGCAGUCCAGGAGGAGAAACAUCAGUUGGACUCGGGCAACCAAAGAAGGGUAUGUCUUGGGCUAGUAUUGCCUCCCAGCCAGCCAAGCCUCAACCAAAUAGACGGCGAGACAAGACUACAAUGUCCUCCAUUGUACCUGGUCGUCAUAUGGACAUUGGAACCUGGGAGGGGAAGAAUGGAGGUGGACCGAAACCCGUUGCACCCCCACCUGUCCCCCGCCCUGCAUGGGAAGCUCCACGAGGAGGCACGCGAUCCACUACCUCUGCUUCAUACUCUACCCCACCACCUCGCACCCCACCCCAGGUGCCUCAGCCUCAGCAAGUGCAGCAGCCAGGUCAACCACAACAGCAGCAACAACAACAGCAACAACAGCAGCAGCAGCAACAGCAGCAGCUGCAGGCAUCCCCACAACAGCAUCAGCAGCAACAGCAGUCACUCCAGCAACACCCACACCAGCAGCACAUGCAUCCUCAGCAGCAACACCAGUCACAUCAGCAACAUCAGCACCAGCAGCACCAGCACCAGCACCAGCAGCACCAGAACCAACAACUGCAACAGCAGUUGCCUCCAUCACCCCAGCAGCAGCAACCCCCUCAAGCACCCAUGCUUGCGGGAGGAGGAAUGCACUCCAACAUGGAACUUGCCCCGUCACCUCAGAGUGGGCCACCGGUACCUGUGUCCCGGCCCAUGUCUCAUGCCCCAGGACAGAUUAACGAGCUACAGACAGAUGAUGGUAUCUUGGAAGACUUGCGAAUGCGCAAUGACUACAACCCUAAGGAUUUUGACCUUAGUCCUAAAAAUGCACGUUUCUUUGUGAUUAAAUCUUAUUCAGAGGACGAUAUUCACCGUUCUAUCAAAUAUGAGAUAUGGUGCUCCACAGAACACGGCAACAAGCGUCUUGACUCUGCUUUCCGUGAAAGAGAGGGUAAGGGGCCAGUGUACCUUUUCUUCUCAGUGAAUGGAUCUGGACAUUUUUGUGGAUUAGCCCACAUGAUUUCCACUGUAGACUACAACUCAUCAUCAUCAGUGUGGGCCCAAGACAAAUGGAAAGGCCAGUUUCGAGUGAAGUGGAUAUUUGUAAAGGACGUUCCAAAUAGCCAACUGCGGCACAUUCGGCUGGAGAACAAUGAGAACAAACCUGUAACAAAUUCUCGUGACACCCAGGAGGUGCCAUAUGAAAAGGGAAAACAGGUUAGUACUUCCUUCAUUCCUUGCAUGUUGGACAUUCCUGCUUAAUACAUUCUGUAACCUUCACAUUACUGUAACAAGAUUUUUUUUUCUUUUUAUUUGCCAUGGUAGCUUAAGGAUGUGUUGUGAUAAUUUGUAAUGCUUUGUGAGAAAUAUUUAAUUUGCAAAAGAAGGGAAAGACAGCAACAUUUUACACAAUGUUUCAAAUGUGUAGCUUUCAAGCUGUGGGUCGUGAUUUCUAAAUUUUGGAUUUCACAGUUUUGUCUCUGGCUAAAAAAUACAAGGAAUUAACAUCUUUUUAAUAUGUGUUUCUUGGAAGAUGUAUGUGUAUUUUGUAGUUUUUUCUUAUUGUGUGUGGUCUAGAGUGAGACAGUCUUUUUCUUAGGAAACAUACUGACUGAAAUUUCAGAAAAAAUAUGUUUGAAUGGUAAGUAUUUGUAAUACAAAGAAUAUAUGAAGCUUUCAAGGUUGUUAUUGAGUUGUUAUUGUUUAAUAAUGUUUAAGUUUAAGUUCAAGUUAUCUUUCUAAAAAGUUGUACGUAAGUUUUUGAUUGUCAUAUAUAUACUUUUGUUUUUCUUUUCCUCACAUUAGUUAUUGAACACAAGGUAGAAUUAAUGAACAAGUUUUCUAGUUUACCCCCUCAUGAGUGCAGUGGUUCAGAAUAGUUUUCUUACAAAAAUGUGGUGGGGAGGGGUAUUUUGGACUUUUCCCAUAGCAAAUAGCACACCCAAUAAAAAAAAUGGCCUUCCCUUCAUAUCAUGUGUACUGCAGCUAUACACUCAUUAUCAUAAGAUGCAUGUCAUAUAUAAGGACACAUAUUAAAAGUGUUUUUUGUAGAAAAGUGCAUUUACAUUUUUUCAACCUUCAAACUGUGAUAAUGCCGUCAUUAAGCCCAUUAUGAUGGGGUCAAAAUAUUUUGUGACAUAAUUACUACGCAACAGUUUAGUCUUUCUUACAGGGCUUGUGCUAUGUGCAGCUGGCCGCUUUCUGAGUGAGUGAGUUAUAUACAUGAUUACAUCAUGAUGCCUAUAUCCGUACCUGUCACUGAGGAGUUAAUGGAAAUUUGAUUUGGUUUAUGAGAGUUUUUAAAACAUAUAUUUUAUUACAAUUUAAACCAAAAUGUUUUUUCUAUGUGUGAUUGUUGCCAGAGCCUGUAUUGCC